UAAGCUAUAUAAAAUAAGUGUGGGAACAGGCUUGUCACUUCAUUCCCCUGCUCAUCAAAGAUGGAUCUGCAAAUCUCAGUUUUUCUUCUGUUCAUUCUGUUCACUGCAGGACAGUCUCGCAGCUGCUAUCAGUGCACAAGUCUGCAGGGGAGCUCUUGUAACUCGGGAAUAUGUUCUGAUGGAUUUUCCAACUGCUUGGGUGCAACUGUGGAAGUUGUCAACUUUACUAAAUUUACAGCGAAAACUUGUGCUCCACUUGUCUGUCCAAGUGGCUCUAUAAACCUCGGCAUCGGAAAAAUCUCUUCUUACUGCUGUGACACAGACCUGUGUAACAACAAAGAUGCUACAGAUCCUUCUAAUCCCACCAAUGGAAACUCUUGUUACUACUGUGAUGGACAGAACUGCUUGAACACAGUGAAAUGUUCAGGGAAUGAAGAUCGCUGCAUUAAAGCAACAGGGAAGUUUGGAGACCAGACAUUGGUUGUAAAAGGCUGUGUCUCUAAAUUAAUUUGUGACGCCACUUCAUUUAUUCCUAGUGUUGAGGGCAUCUCGUGUUGUGAGGGGAACCUGUGUAACGGGUCUCAGAGUGUCACUCAGAGCGUCCUGAUCUUCUGCGGUUCUCUGCUCUCAUACUUCCUGAUGCACUGAAUACAGUGUUCUACAAUGUGACACGCUAUAUAUGGCUUGAAUUUUGUAUGUACACUUUAUGGAAAACAAUGUGCAAAUCACCUUUACACCUGUUUCUGGUUUUAUUUUUUUUAAUAAAUCAUACCAGUGGGUUAGUUAGAAUGUUUUGAAGAAUUAAAAAUACAUUUUGGUCCAAAAAUAACAGAAACUACGUUUUAUUGAAAAAAUUGAACAUUAAUUUAAGCCAAUUUAUUAACUUUCCGACUCUUACAUGUCAGAUGAUCUUAUUUCAUUUUUGCUUGUCAAACCGGCCAAACAGUAAUAUUGCAACUACUUGUUCAUACUUUCUCUCUGUCUUUGAGAACAUGCUUUGUGCCAGAGGAUUUAAAAAUUAGCCUUAAAGCUACACUGUGUAACUCUUUAAGUUUAUUCUUAGCUAAAACACUUAGUUCUUUCAAAAAUAUAUGUGCUCAUUAAUGUAUAUUUACUUCGUUCAAGUAAUAAAGUAUUAUGAUCCAAAUGUCUUAGCACUCAUAUGGUGCUAUUCUAAAUAGCUUAAGAGCUCUACUAUACUACACAAUAAAA